AUGGGUCAUCGUCGUUGGUUAUCUCCCAAACAUAAUUGGAGAUUGAAUAGUAGGGAUUUUGAUGGAACACGAGAUCUAAGGAUCCCUCCUAAAAGACUUGAUGGGACUGAUAUUUUAAGACAAAUAGAUGAAUGUAGAGAAAAAGGUCUAGCAAAUGGAGCACAACCUUGGAAAAAGAAGAGCAUUUUCUUCACAUUGCCUUAUUGGCAAUAUAAUGUAUUGCGUCAUAAUCUUGAUGUGAUGCACAUUGAAAAGAACGUAUGUGACAACAUUAUUGGUACAUUGUUAAACCAAGAGGGAAAAUCCAAAGAUAAUUAUAAGGCACGAGCUGAUCUUGUAGAUAUGGGCAUAAGAAGUAUGCUCCAUCCUCAACCAAGUCCUAAUAUAACUACAACGCGUUUGCCUAGAGCAUGCUAUCAAAUGACUAACAAAGAAAAGGAAUCUUUCCUAAGCAUUCUCAAGAAUGUAAAAACUCCAGAUGAAUGCUCAUCAAACAUCCCAUGUUGUGUGCAUGUCAAGCAACACAAGAUGUUUGGAUUAAAAAGUUACGAUUGUCAUGUUUUGAUGCAAGAGCUUCUUCCAGUAGCAUUACGGGGUUCAUUGCCAGAUAAAGUCACUUUAGUGUUAGUUGAUCUUUGCAAUUUCUUCAAGAAAAUUUGUUCUAAGGUACUUAAUGUGGAAUUUCUAUCACAAUUGGAGUCUCAAAUAGUUAUCACACUUUGUCAGUGGGAAACAAUUUUUCCUCCAUUUUUUACUGUUAUGAUGCAUUUGGUAAUUCAUUUGGCACACGAAGCCCAAGUUGCUGGACCGGUACAAUAUCGAUGGAUGUAUCCGAUUGAGAGGUUUCUUCUUACUCUUAAGUCCUUUGUACGUAAUAGAGCCCAUCUAGAAGGAUCAAUUGCAGAGGGAUUUUUGGCCAAUGAAUGUUUGACGUUUUGUUUGCAAUAUCUAUUUGGGGUAGAAACUAGGUUCAAUAGACCUAACAGAAAUGACGAUGAAGUCUAUGGAAGGCCAUUAGGGAUAAAGAAACAACAAAAGCUACGAUUAGGGAAGAGGAAGAAAGUGAGUAGAACUAAACUUGACAAGAAAGAGUUAGCACAUGCACAUAGAUAUGUGCUUUCUAAUUGUGAUGCAGUUGCUCCAUUUAUAGAAGAACAUAUUUUACAUGUUAAGAGACAGUGUCGACCACGACGAUUGGCACAACUUGAAAUUGACAAGCAACAUGGUCAAAAAUUUAUUGAGUGGUUUAAACUCAGGAUCCAAUGUAUGGAUGAACAAAAGAGCUCAGAAGUUACUCAUGAACUUAGAUGGUUAUCCCAUGGACCAUCUGAGGUAGUAAGAAGAUACACAGGUAUCAAGAAAGAUAAGUUUGACAUGACGCUUGUUAAUUUCAAAUUUUUAAAACAUACUGGGAAAAAUGACCCAUUUGUGUUUGCAUCACAAGCUAAAAAUGUGUUUUAUAUAUAUGAUGAGAGAAACAAGGAUUGGCUUGUUGUUCUCAAUGCAAAAGUUAGGGAUAUCUAUGAUAUGGGUGAUGAGGAAUCUAAUGAAAUUGAAGAAAUUCAUGGAUAA